AUGUUUAAACAAAGGCAUGUUACCCGCGUUGCUGAUGUAAAGGAGGAUGCUUUGGAAGCUUUGUAUGAAAAGCGCUUAAAAAGGAAAUCCUUGCACAAAGAAAAAGAGGAUCCUGGGAUUCAAGUUGAUCGUGUAGAUGCUCUUCCUGUUAAAACCUUAGAUGGACAACUCUACUAUCGAACAGCAACGAAGGCAUCAAAAGCAUCUGAAAACGAUCCCACUGAAGAGGAAGCCAGUGGUGCUGCAGAUAAAAGCAUAGUAAAGCUGACAAAGGCUGAAAGGAGGGCAAAGCUUAAGAAAAGUAAGAAAGAGGCUAAGAAACAAGGAAAGGAGGCUGAACCUGAAGUCCAACAAACUCCACAAGAAGCAGUGCUGGCUGAGAUUAAAGAAGAUCUUACAACUGAAGAAGCCUUGAAAGAGAUAUUACAGAUCUGUAAAGAUAACAAUCAUGCCAUUGUCAAACUUGGACUCCUAUCUCUGUUGGCUGUUUUUAAAGACCUUAUUCCUGGAUAUCGGAUUAGGCUUCCUACUGAGAAGGAGCUAGAAAUGAAGGUCUCAAAGGAUGUUAAGAAAAUGCGGCUUUAUGAAUCAACACUGCUAUCUGUAUACAAGGCAUACCUGCAGAAGUUGGCAGCAUUAGAAAAGCAGUCCUCAUUUCAGCAUGUGGCAUUUCGCUGUAUCUGUACAUUGCUUGAUGCAGCACCCCACUUCAACUACCGGGAGAGCUUGUUAGGUGUUGUCAUCAGAAACAUAGGCUCCCCAGAUGAUGUUGAAACUGUGCUGUUCUUCCAUCAGUCACUGUUUACAAACGAGGGAAAACACGGUGGUGAAGCAACUGUGGAGGCUGUUCGAUUAAUUGCAGAUCAUGUUUUCUUGUCACUGUCAUUCGAUGAGGAUCUUGGGAGGGCUGCAAGAAAUGAUGAGAAACAUAAACCCCAAAGCAAGAAAAGUAAGAAGAAAAAGCAUUAUGAGGAGGCACGUCAAUUGAAGGAAAAUGACAAAAAAAGGAGUAGGCAAGAAUUAUUGAUGAAGACAAGAGAGGAGGUUGCUGCUGAUUACAAGGCUGUUGCUUUGACCCCAGAUGUUAUGGAGCGGAGAGGAAUGCAGACAGAGGCACUUUCUGCUGUAUUUGAAACAUAUUUUCGCAUAUUGAAACAUACAAUGCAGUCAUCAGCUUCCAGAUCCGAAGCAAAUGCUAGUUUAUCUACUGGUGCAUCUGAGCCCCAUCCUUUACUUGCUCCGUGUCUGAAAGGAUUAGGAAAAUUCUCGCAUCUAAUUGACAUGGAUUUCAUGGGGGAUCUUAUAAACUAUCUGAAAAAGCUUGCUUCUGGUGGUAGCGAUUCUGAGAAUACUUCAAAAUGUUUGACUGUAUCUGAGCGCCUCCGUUGCUGCAUUGUUGCAUUUAAAGUGAUGAAGAGCAAUCUUGAUGCCUUAAAUGUUGAUCUGCAGGACUUCUUUGUUCAGCUUUACAAUAUUAUACUUGAAUAUAGGCCUGGAAGAGAUCAGGGCGAAGUAUUAGCUGAAGCUUUGAAGAUAAUGCUGUGUGAAGAUAGACAACAUGACAUGCAGAAGGCUGCUGCAUUUGUAAAGCGUUUGGCGACUUUCUCAUUAUGUUCCGGAUCGGCAGAGUCCAUGGCUGCUUUGGUUACUUUAAAGCAUCUUCUUCUGAAGAAUGUCAAGUGCCGAAAUCUGUUAGAAAAUGAUGCUGGAGGUGGCUCAGUGUCAGUCCUUUGGGAACUCAAUCUUCUAACCCAGCAUUAUCAUCCAGCUGUCUCAAGUAUGGCUUCAAGUAUAUCUAGCAUGAACACUGCUCAUAACCAGGUUUAUCUCUCAACCAUAUCUCCUCAACAAGCUUUCACAGACUUUUCCUUGGAGAGGCCAGAGUCUUUCAAGCCACCGAGUGACAUUAAAAAAUCAGAUAACAAAAGGAAAAGAGGAAGUGACCCUUCUGUAUCAGCUGUGAUAGAACCUUCUGCAGAUACAACUUCAAUCGACGAAGAUGAUGUGAGAAAGAAGCUUUCUGCUCAUUUCAUGCUUCUUCGUGACAUUAAGGAGAAUCAGAGAUUAAGGGCUGAGCUAGAUGGCACUACUUCAUCCAUACAACUAUAUGAAGAGUAUAAGCAGCAAAAGAAAAAGGCUAAAAAGCCGAAAACGAAGAAAAGUAGAACUUUGUUGACUGUCAAGUAA